AAGACUUUGUCCCACAACCUAAGAUUUUUAUAUGGAGUGCAAUAAACAUCCCACCUACCUACUGGGACAGCAUUCUCAUACUAACCAGAGACUCACUUCUCAUACAUUAAUUGAGGGUGCUCCCCAUCCCCCUAUAUCAGGCAUUGCACAUCGCUCGACACCACCAAUUCGCAUCGGCGAGCCAGUCGGGAUGACGACUUUCCCGGCUGCUCCACAGAGCCCGGCCAUUGAUUCUGAUGGCAUCGAUCAAGUCCGUGAACAGAGCCUCGUACUUCCUUCCAAGCUCGUCACCUUACCCGAUUGCUUCCAUGACAACGAACUUCCAUGUAUAGCGGCUUCUCAGAUACCAGCGGAUCUCUUCAUUCAAGUGGACGACGUGACGUUCAAUGUCCACAAGUAUCCCUUCAUAUCAAAGUGUGGAUACAUUCGCCGACUAGACAUUCAACCCUCAAUAUCAAAUUCUGGGUACAAUUGCAAGCUCGAAAACUUCCCUGGAAGAUCGGAAACUUUCCAUAUCAUCCUAAGAUUCUGCUACGGCCUGCCAAUAGAUUUCAGUCCCAAGAACAUAGCUCAACUCAGAUGUGCAUCAGAAUAUCUAGAAAUGACGGAAGAGAUGGAAGAUGGGAAUCUUAUCUCAAAGACAGAAGCCUUCCUCACAUUUGUGGUCCUCUCUUCCUGGAGGGACACCACUAUUGUUCUGAAAACAUGCGAAACUCUAUCGCCAUGGGCAGAAAAUAUCCAGAUUGUCCGAAGAUGCUGCGACUCAAUAGCUUGGAAAGCUUCCAGAGACCACCAAUCCACUGGAGAAGCAGUCAACGAAGAAGGCCAGAGGUUCGACAAAGUGGCCACCCUUCGCAUCGAUCACUUCAUGAGGAUUAUGACAGUAAUAAGGGCAAAAGGAACUAAACCAGAGACUAUAGGCAAAUUUAUUGUGCAUUAUGCAGAAAGGCGUGUGCCAGGUAUGGAUACUGAACCUGAAGGAUUGAGAGGUUAUGGGUAUAGCAAAAAUGAGCUACAGUUUAGUGUUACUAGUCGGAUGGACAAAGGGGUUUUCGGGAACAGUAAGGAGCAAAGGACGAUCAUUGAAAGCAUCCUUAGCAUUAUACCACCACAAAAAGAAGCAGUUUCAUGUAAGUUCUUGUUAAAGAUGUUGAAGAUGGCCAUCCUCUAUUGUGUCACGCCAGCGUUAGUUUCGGAGCUUGAAAAGCGAAUCGGGAUGAUGCUGGAAGAGGCGACGGUGUAUGACUUAUUGAUCCCUACUUAUAAGAACGCUGAUCAAUCAGAUUCUCCCGAAUGCACAAUGCAUGACAUAGAUGUGGUGCAACGCAUCCUGGAAUAUUUCUUGAUGCACGAGCAACAGCAACAAAAGCCACACAAGUCAGGGAAAUUCAACGUCAGUAAGCUAUUAGACAAUUAUCUGGCCGAGAUAGCAAGAGAUCCUAACCUCUCAAUCACCAAGUUUCAGGUUUUGGCUGAAUCAUUGCCAGAGGGCGCCAGAACUUGCGAUGACGGACUUUACAGGGCCAUUGAUAUCUAUCUUAAGAGCCAUCCUUCAUUAUCUGAGUAUGACCGCAGAAGGCUAUGCAAGAUAAUGAAUUGCGCAAAACUCUCGCUUGAUGCAUGCAACCAUGCUGCACAAAAUGAUAGGUUGCCCAUGAGAACCGUCAUGCAGGUCCUGUUUUCUGAGCAAGUCAAGAUGAGAGCAGCAAUGCAAGGAAAGGAGCAAGAGCAAAGUGGCAACAACUCCGAACAAGAGGGAAACCAGUCGUCAACUGAGAUAGAGAUCAAAAACCUUCGAGCAGAACUUGAGAACGUCAAAGCCAAGAUGGCAGAGCUACAAACUGAUUACACUGAGCUUCAACAAGAAUAUGAAAAGCUAAACAACAACAAGCAAAGGAACGGAUCCACUUGGAGUUCAGGCUGGAGAAAGAUAAAGAACUCUUUUCAUUCCAAACAAGAAGGGGAUGAAAUCGGAGAUGGAGAUAAUAGACCUAGUCCAGCUAGGAAGUACAAAGCCAGCUUCAGAAGAAGGAAAUCCAUGUCUUAGAUCUCUAGAGGAACAAACAAGCUACAUUAAAACGCAAUGACCAGUGAACUAUCCAGUAUAAUCAUGUGGAACUCCACCAUGGGCAAUUUCUUUUUGCUUCAGUUAUGUUAAACUAUACAACACCUUCUAAAGAGCUUUUUCUUCA